GUGCAGGAAAAGGACAUGAGCGCACAUCGAGAGCGCGGCUCUUUUACUCGGCGUGAUCAUUUCACGCUUCCCCCCGAAGCCCUUUUUCCACCUAAAGCGUUUAGUUGCAGCUGACUGAGCACUUGCAGGGAGUGCAAUAGGGAGCGGAAGGGUCGAAUUAUUUCAGCCUACAAGUCGCCCCAAAACUACUGUAGGACGAAAGAACAAAAGAGAGAGAGAGGGAGAGAGAGAGAGAGAGAGGGAGAGAGGGGGGGAGGAAGAGAGGGAGACAGUGCGAAAAGUUUUUGUUCUUUUCCUUUUUUCUUUUCCAUCGCCUCCCCCUGUUCCAACGGGAUAACAUGGACCAGGGGCCCAGGAGUCCUGCACUGCGUCUGGGGAGAGCAGGGCAUGGUGGCGUGAACCAGCUCGGAGGUGUGUUCGUAAACGGGAGGCCCCUCCCAGACGUCGUGCGACAGCGAAUAGUGGAGCUAGCCCACCAAGGGGUUCGGCCCUGCGACAUCUCACGCCAGCUACGAGUCAGCCACGGAUGUGUCAGCAAGAUACUGGGCAGGUACUAUGAGACGGGCAGUAUCCGCCCCGGGGUGAUCGGGGGAUCCAAACCAAAGGUUGCUACACCCAAAGUGGUCGACAAGAUCGCCGAUUACAAACGCCAAAACCCCACCAUGUUUGCCUGGGAGAUCCGGGACAGGCUCCUGGCCGAGAGAGUGUGCGACAACGACAGUGUCCCCAGCGUCAGCUCCAUCAACAGGAUCAUUCGGACUAAGGUUCAGCAGCCCGGCCAAACGGGCUCAGUGUCGGCUCACAGUUUAGUGUCAUCCGUGGGGGCCACACAGGUCUCAGGAGUGACCAGCGACUCGGCCGGCUCCUCGUACUCCAUCAGUGGAAUUCUGGGUAUCAGUUCGGCCGCUGAUGUGGGCAAGAGGAAGAGGGACGAAGGUCUGCAGGAGUCACCGCUGGCCAACGGGCAUGGCCACAGUGGGCGGGACUUCCUCAGGAAGCAGAUGAGAGGGGAGCUGUUCUCACCGCAGCAGAUCGAGGUACUGGACCGGCUCUGUGGCAGACAGCCACCCUGUCCAAUCCAAUCCAGCUCUGACCUCUAUUUGAGCCCUGACUUUGGCAAGACGUCAGAUUAUUCGUCCAUGGCCUCACUAGCGGGCGGACUGGACGAGAUGAAGAACAGUUUGGCCAAUCCUGGUGCAGAGUUAGGAGCCAGUGUCUCCGGUCCACAGUCCUAUUCUCUUGUUCCAGGUCGAGACAUAGGCAGCACCACUCUGCCAGGCUACCCUCCUCACGUUCCUCCCACUGGACAGGGCAGCUACUCCACCCCUUCCCUCACUGGGAUGGUACCUGGUGGAGAUUUUUCUGGAAGUCCAUAUUCCCACCCUCAGUAUUCCACAUACAAUGAAUCAUGGAGAUUUCCUAACCCCAGUUUAUUAGUGUUUCAGCAGGAUUAUGGGUCUCUCCUGGGGACGGAAAUCGGCUGCUCCUCCAGUCUCUUCACCAGCCAGGCAGGACAGAUGCAAGGAUCACCGUACUACUACAGUACGACAUCACGGGGGACAGGCCCUGCAGCCACGGCAACAGCCUCCGCCUACGACCGCCACUGACCCGUCCUAUUGAGAGGAGGAUGAGGAGAGGGAGGGAGGGAGGGAUGAAUAGCACCAUCACUGCUCAGUACAAGCCUGCCUACACACACAAUUUUUGACGUCAGUGAAAUUUGAAUCUUCUUUGACUGACAGUUGCACCAACAAAAGCAUUGUUGGGCUGCAACACAGACAUACGGUACAUUACUGUGAUCAUCACAGGCAUAGCAGUAAUCUGACUGAUAUUUGACUGAUCAUAAAUUUGGACUCUCCCAUAACAUAUGAAGACUUUGUAUCAUUAAUCCUAAUUUAAACCUAUCUAGAAAUUGAAUAGUUCAAUGCACUAUGAGUGCAGUGGUAACUGAAACUGUAAAAAUCUGUAUUGUGAUCUUCUGGGUAAAAUGUUAUGUUUUCAGUUUUGGUAUUUUUUAGAUUUUGAAUUAUUUGGGCUUUUUAGAGCAAGAUCACUUUUUCAAACAGUCUUUUAAUGACCCGACAUUAAUCAAAUACAUUUUCUAUGCCACGCUACGGUGAAGUAAAGACAAUCCAACUCUCAUAACUUUGAAUGACCAAAAUCACCCGCAUCAGUAUCACUCUGCCGUAGAUUCAAAACAUUUCCCUCGGGAUCACAAUGCUUAAUAAUCAGGAUACGAUGAGUUUCACAAAUGUUUGCUAAGUCCCACCCCCUUUUGCUACUGUUGUAAUUCAUGAAUAACACUGAGGCUAACUUUUCAUGUGACAAUGGAGGCACCAGCUGGUCAAAUUGAGUUAAGCGCAUGCGGCCAAUCAAAUGCGAAAGAAGCGGCAGAGGCAGCUGGCUAACCUGCGCAUGUUCUUCUGGUUGUGGAUUUUAUUUCCUGUGCACUUCUCUUUAGCAUCACACUGACAGCUAACAUGGUACAUUAACACGAUCGCCGGCUACGUUGUGUUCCCAAGAAUAAAACUGUGAAUGUUUGUCGUUAUGAUGACCGCUCUAGCACCAAGCGUUGUGCACACACACCAUCAAGCAUUAACCACACAUGCUAACAUUUGCAGAUUACAUACGAGUAAAUAAACACAUCCAAUCUAAUACGAGGGCUUUGGAGAGACUAGAAGACUGCUCUAACCGCAGCCCCCAUGCACGUUGCUUCAGCGUGUGGAGAAAUCUAGAGUUCGACAGGUCUGCUGUGCGUAGUUACGGUUGCUAAGCUAUGACGGUUGCUAAGUUGGAGGUUGGGUUUAGCAAACAGUCCAUUUCAGUCGUUGUACACAGAUCCAGAUGCGUUUGCAGUUUCAUAACACGGAAAACUAUCCUCACACCCACACUUGCAUUCAAAGUGGUUUUAAAACCACUGACCAAUGGACAGGCCUUUUACUCAAGCACAGCAUCAAAUCUGAGCCCUCGACUGUAAAAAGGUAAACAUGUUCACAUCAGACCAAAAUCAAAUCAACCAGGGAGUCCUACUGUACAGGAAGGUGCUAUCCGACCUCCCCAGCCAAGAUUGAGUCCUGAUCAAGAGCUAUUUAUAAUGGAGGAGACACAGAGUAAUAUAUUAAGAAGCUUUUCCGCGCUGCACUCCAUGAGAGUGAAUGCCUGUAAUGAUUUAUAAUAUGUGUCACGCUGUUGUGCUAGAAUAGUGAUGAUGAUGAUGAUGAUGAUGAUGACGACGAUGCAGUGAAAUAUGAAAUCUUAAGAACUUUCAAUAUGAAAAGAAGUCUUUGUUUAUAAAUGUGAUCUGACUGCGAUUUUUCUUGUUUAUAGUUUGUUGCCUGAUAUCAGUUGACGCCGGUGACACUUAAUAAGACGCCAUUUUUAACUGCUUCCUGAAUAUUCAAAAGAAAAGCCAGGAAACAGUGUCACCCUCUCUUUCUCUCUUUCUCUCGCUCUAUUUCUCUCUUUAAACUCCCCAAAGAUGGGCCCCCCCUAGUGGAUCGGCUGACUAACUACAAAAGCACAAAGACUCAAUCAUCUUUUAAUGGCGCCAUUUUAUGACUUCCUUUUAGAACCAUGAAGUAUUUCCUCUCCUCCCCUUCUUGAGUGCUUGUCCUUGUGCUGUUUGACAUCCUGAAAUUGUUUCUAUAAAAACGUUGCUUUCGUGAAAAAACAA